AAUAAACCACCCAUCCAACAACAUAACAACAAACAAAAACCUCAAACCAAAUCUGAAGAACAUAAUGAGUGUGGAAAUCCUUGAUGGUGCUACUAUUCUUAACUUCGUUCAAGACGAAAAGGUGUUUGAUGAAUUCGUGCAUGAACGUUUCGAUAACCUCGAUAGCAACCGCGAUGGAGUUCUCUCCUAUGCGGAGCUGUUGAAAGAGCUGCGGAGCCUAAGAGUUUUGGAGAUGCAUUUUGGUGUAGAUGUGGAGACCAAUCCAACCGAGCUUAACCGAGUUUAUGACUCAAUGUUUGUUCAGUUCGAUAGGGACUCUAGUGGGGAAGUGGACGUGAAGGAGUUCAAAGAAGAGAUGAAGAAUAUGAUGGUGGCGAUGGCGAAUGAUAUUGGGUUCUUGCCGGUUCAAAUGCUGCUUGAGGAAAAUAGUUUCUUGAAGAAAGCUGUUGAGAAGGAGACAACAAAAAUAAUUGCUAAUGCUGCCUAAUUAACAACUUAUUUUUUCCUCUUUUUUCUUUUUUGGUAUGUUGCUUUUGAAACUAAAAUCAUAUUUUGUAUUGUAUGUCUGAAGGACAUUUCUUGUUAUGAAGCAGUAUAAUUUACUAAUGAAAAGAAAACAAAGCCAUCA